AUGGCGACGAUAAACAUCUUUAAGCUAAAGAAUCAUUGCCCCAAGCUGUGCGGCGGGGUUGCUGGCAGAUAUGCGGUGCAACAUAUCAAUUUUGAAAGUACUACUGGCAAUUCGGCACCCCUAAGUGAAGAGAAUUUUUUUUUUCCUGAAGACCUUUGGGCUUUUAACGGAAAAGAGGCUUGGGGUUCAACCAUCCUUUUGGAAAGAACACCUGUUCUCCGGAGGAAGGCGGGGUCGCGUGUGGGAGGGUUUUUUUUUGCCUGUUCCUGCGGCUUCUCUUUCUGUGGGUUUGCAGAACGCCCGUUGUUUUUCAUUGGAAUCUCUCAGGUUAACGCGCUGCACCAUUCAGCAACGCGGCUGCAUCCAACCCUGCGGGAGGCAUCCCGUCAUCGGUGA